UCGGUCAAUUGACUAGCAAGUAUGUUUUUGUCUGGGGUGAUCACGUACGCAUCUGCACAUACCUAUAAAUCAGUGUUUAUUUUUAGUAGAGAUUUCGAACAUUUUGAAAAAUAUUUAUAAAUACAUGUGUUAUAAACAAGAAAUGUAGAAAAUUAUUACUUAAUUCGAAUAUAAAGAAUAAUUUUAUAAUAUUUAUACAAAAAUUUCGAAUAUUGAUAUUUAAAACUAUCUCUUUAUAUGGUGAAAAAGAACUCUCAGACGCAAAUACAUAUACUCGACAGACCACGAGCUUAGUAAUUCGUUUACUUGGCUUUAUGUGUGUGAAUCUGUCACAGCAAUAAAUUAAUUUACGAAAUAAAUCAAAUAAUAAACGCAUCUAAAUGUGUACAUUAUGUGCUUAUUUUUUUUUAAAUUAAAUAUCUCUUUAAAGUCUUUAAUUAAACAAAAACAAUAUAUUUGAAAUUUAAUAAUAGCGCGAAAUUUAUGAUUUUAUAACUAUUUACUUCUUAAGUCAAACUAUUGUUUUAUGUUUUUUAUUGCUUUGUUCUAAUUAUUUAUGAAAGUCUUAAUUAGCUCUAACUUUAAAAAUCAAAAGUAGUCAAGAGAAAAUUCUGGAAAUUUAUUUCAAACGUUACGAAAAAUAUUGAAUGAACUAUAUAUGUAUAUAUGAAUCCCGGCAUUGUGAAACGGUGUAUUGGUUUUUAAAGUUUCUUUUAGAAAACGUUAUAUACUGAUUGUGUAAGAUGCACAUCGCAUGUAAAUGUUUAAACGUGUCCAUAAAAUCCAGGGGCACUGAACUGCAAAAGUUCAACAUUAACGAUAUUGAAUUGACACUCGAAGAACAAAACGAUAGUUUUUUUCAUCAGAAUCUUGCAACAGUCUCAGAGCUUGAAGGUAUUACUAAAGAACAACCAAGUUUAGUAGAAAUAAGAAAUAUUGGAUCAUGGAUUAUUCAUCGUUGUUAUAAUUGUUCAAUAUAUACCCAUGCUGUGCAUAGAGAUUAUGGUGCUGCUUUAGUUCUUAUUAAUACUGAUAUUCUUAGUUUACCUGAAGAAAUAAAUAAAUUAAGAUCCAAUCCAGAUUAUAGCUCAGUAUUUAGAAUAGUAAUUGCUCAUAAUACAUUAGAUGAAUUGGAUUAUCUUCAACAACCUAACAAAUUUUCUGUGUCACAAUUACCUAAUAAUAUACAAGUAGCUUUGGGUGGUCUCCAGCAACAGCUUGAAGAAGCUGUUCAAAGACAAUCUGUUGAAAUAGAGAAUAAAAUUCGUGCUUUCACAGCAGAACAAUAUCAAUUAUUGGAACAGUUUCGUGAAAGAGCACAUAAUGAACAUAGAAUAUUGACAAGAUUAAUUUGUAAAGGAGAAGAAAUAACUAGAUUAACAAAUAAUAUAGAAACUCCUCCUGUAACCCCAGACAGUUUUACAACCAGUUUAACUACCUCUGCAACAAAUACAGUAAAUACAUCACAGAUAGUAUCAAAUGAGACAAAAAUCAUUGCAAAUUCUAAUGUUAAACAUGAAACUGAUGCUAAAUAUUCUUCUAAUUCUCUUAUUAAUGGUAGUAUAGAUAAGAAAGAUCGAAUAUAUAUAUAUACUAAGGAACCAACUAGUUUUGACACAGAAGCUUUAUUUCCUUUGGAAGGAAUGGAAGAUACUCUAAAUGCUGAUCAAGUUCAAUCUUCAGAAGAGGGAUCUGAUACAGAUGACUCAGGUCAAGAUGAAGGUAUUCAUAUGUCUAGAGGACAAAGAGGUGGACAUCCUACAUUAGCUAAAUCAUUACCUGUUAGUGUUCCAUCUUUUCCAUCCUUUGUUCGUAGAACAGUUCAAGAUCAAGAUGAUGAUCAGCUUUCAAGAGAUCCACAUGAUCCACAUAAUAUUCGAGCUUCAAUUAAAGCUCUAGCAAAAAGCGUUCAUGGUGAUACAGUAUUUGGAGAUUUGCCACGUCCUCGUUUCUCUACUCAAAUCUGACUUUGCAAUAGUCUCGAAGAAAGAGAAUAAAAUUAAGUUAAAAAUUUAAUAUUCAUAUAAAGUACCUAUUAUUGAUAACUGUCUUUCAAUGAAUGCUACGAGAGGUUAAUGUAAGCAAAGAUAUAGACAGAAUAAACAUAGAAAUGUAUGGAAAUAUUAAUAUUUCGCAUAUUUUGAAUAUUUUAGGGUAAAAUAUUAUUUCAAAUCUUAGCUUUGUUAGUUUGUUGAGUUUAUACAAAAAGAAAAAAAGAAAAAAAAAGAAAAAAAAAAGAAGAAAAAAAGAAAAAAAAUUUCAUACCUGCAUAAAUUUGAGGCUAUAUUAUAAAGAUAUAAAUGUGCUAUAUAUUUGUUACAAAUCAUGUAGAAUGUAAAAAAAAAUUUAGAUUUCAAAAAUUAAGACAAUGUGAAGUUUAUGAUGCCAUAUCUAAAAUAAAAUUAUAAAAAGAAAAGAGCAAAAAAAAUUUCUUACAUAUUAAUUAAUAAUUGAGAUAAUGGAAUGAUUUUAUUAUGAUGAUUAUUAUUUCUACAAUAUGUUAUUAUCAUUAGAUAUAGAAAAACAAUUUAUUAUAAGAAUCGCUUAGUAUGAUUAUUAAGUUCAAUAGCAAAAUACUAUUGGAAAUUAUAUUGAUAUCAUAUGUAAUGAUUUAUUAUACUAAGUCAUUUCUUUAUACACAUUUUUUUUUUUAUAAUAUAAACUAACUCUGUUAAACUAAUUAUGGUAAAGAAACAAUAUUUUCCUAUAACGAUAUAUAAAUUACUUCAUCAAAAAUAAAUAUACUAAUUAGAAAUGUUUGCAUAAAAAAAUUUAGAUUUCUAUACUUAUUAUGUUAUGAUAUAUUUAUUAAUAUGUUUAUUUUUUGAUUAAUUAACAAUUCAAUUUAAUUAUGAACAAAAAAUUUAUAUAAUAAAGUAAUAUAUGUUAUGUUUCUAAGAAACAUUUUUGUUUAUAUGUGUAUACAAAGUGGAACCAUAACUAUAAUUAUCUUGAAUAUUUCUUAUUUUUAAUUUAUGUGGUACAAAGGAGACUAUAAUAAUAAUAAUAAUUUUUUUAUAAGAUUAUCAAAGAUUUUGAGAUCCAUAAAUAUCUUUUUAAAUAAUUUAUUUAUUUAUCAAAACUAUGAUGACUCAUGUAUUCUGUUAUUUAAUAAGCUUGUAUUUACUAGGAAUAAAAAAAAUAUGACAAGCAUAAAUUAAAAAAAAAAUUAAUGGUAAUUUUGAACUUUUUAUUAAUUUUUUACCUAUAAAUAUAAAUAGAUUGAUAUUGUAAUAUUAUAGUCUCUCUUGUAUAUAUAUAUAUAACUUUUAUAAACAGAAUUUCUCGAUAUCUUUAAAAAUAAUGAAAAUAUUCAAAUUGAUUUAAAUGAUAUAUCAAUGCAUGUGCAAAAAUGUAUGUAAAACAUACAAAACUUCGUUUAAAACUUGAACUUUUUAUACAAACUUUUAUAAAACUUUGUUUACGUAUGUUUUUGUAGAAAAACGAAAUGAUAAAUAUUUCAAUAGAAAUGUUAUUUUACUUUUAUAUUUUGAAUUUACUAUCAAAAUCACUUACUAUGUUAUUUUUUUUUAUAAAAUUAUAUUAUUAGUUUUAUGACUUUGUAAUUUUUAUACCAAUUAAUAAUAUCAUGUGUGAUAAACAAUAUUAUAGAUUAGAAACAAUGAAGUGAAUUAGUACAAAAACCUAUGUGGCUUUUUUCAUCAUGUAAUGCACAGUUAUAAAAUUAUAUAUGAAUGUUCUAUUGAUCAAAUUGUAAAAUAUAAGAAAUACUCCAGAGAUGUCAGAAAUCAUAUACAAAUAAUUAAUAAAAAUAAAAUGUUACUGUAUGAAAGAAAUAAAAAUGGAUAAUUAAAUUAUUAUCAAUAAAUUUAUAUUUUAGAAUUA